AAGCGGUUGACGACGCAGGCCCCAACAAAAUUCGGGAAAUCAAACAUUACGUGUAGGUCAAGGCUGUUGCACGGGGUUUAAUCAUAAUUUGGGCAGUGGAACGAACGUCCUUGGGUCAAGGACACGCAAAAGCAUAAAAACUCCUUUAGACGUAUUUCAUCAAUAAUUACAUAAGAGCCGGAACUGGAGGGGAGCAGAGCAAAAUGGCAAAAAAGGUUUUACGGAAUGUCACCCACUGCAUCUUCGACAUGGACGGCCUGUUGCUGGACACCGAGCGGCUGUACACGGAUGCCGCACAGCAGGUACUCGAUCCGUAUGGCAAAACGUUCACAUUCGAUGUCAAGGAACAGCUGAUGGGCCUGCAGACGCGGCAGGUGGCCGAAUUUAUGGUGAAAUCUUAUGAGCUGCCCAUCACCUGGGAGGAGUACGCCAAACAGCAGCGCGACAAUGCGCUGACCCUCAUGGGAAAUGCACAAUUGAUGCCAGGUGCCGCACGCCUUUUGCGUCAUUUGCAUGCCAAUAAAGUGCCUUUUGCGCUGGCCACCAGCUCGGGUGCGGACAUGGUGGAGCUGAAAUCCACACACCACAAGGAACUCUUCAAUCUGUUCCACCACAAAGUGUGCGGCUCCACGGACGCUGAGGUGAAGAACGGCAAGCCAGCGCCGGAUAUCUUUUUGGUUGCCGCUGGUAGGUUCAGCGAUACACCAGAUCCCAGCAAAUGUUUGGUCUUUGAGGAUUCUCCCAAUGGCGUGACGGCGGGUGAGAGCGCCGGCAUGCAGGUGGUCAUGGUGCCCGAUCCACGGCUGUCCGAGGAGCGUUGCGCCCAUGCCACACAGGUGCUGCGUUCCCUGGAGGAUUUCAAGCCGGAGCAGUUCGGACUGCCACCAUUUAGCGAUUGAGCUUAGGGAUUUAAUCCUACAAAUUGUAAUCCUACGAUUUUCCAACUAAAAAUAACAACAAGUUGCCAGCGGAAAA